AAGUUAAGCAUUAUACAGGCUAUCCUUAUUUAUGUAGCCAACCCUCUACUGUCACUGGUCUAUAUGUAUCAACAAUAAAUCCUAUACUAUUGAUUACUUCGGAUCUCAUAAAGUAGAUUAAUGUGACAUACUAUGAAAAUCCAUGACGAAUUGUGUUCAUUCACCCAUCCAUUUCAUUACAUUCAUUAUGUUUACUGAAAAGGAACGUCUACAUUCCAUGUUAACGAGUGGUGACUAAUGUAACCUACCAAUCGUUGGCCGUUCUAUGGAGACUGCUGUGGUUAGUCUGCAGGUCUACACACUGUAGCAUGCAAAAUCGACGUUAGCAAACAGUUCCUGUGGAACGGGUGUGUUGACAGAGGCGUCUCCUCACAACUAACUGGGGGAAAGGUUUGAACGAAACCACGGAAUUCUCUGGCAGCCAUGUCGGCAAACAGCUGUGUGCAUAUAAAGGUUGAGGAAGACUAUGAUCAGGUAAUGAUUGAAGAACAUCUCAGUUGUGAGGAUGCCACCUCAGAUCUGACAGGAAAUACCUCUACAGCACCUUUGAAUAUUCACAAAGACCAACAGAGAGACAGUGGCAGACAGCCCACCUCUUCUCUCAUACAGACUCAUAAGAGAUGGAGUAAUGGCAACGUCCAAAACAGAAGAGGGCAGGGCUCUGUGUCUUUAACCAGCAGUAUGUGGAUGGAAGAAGAGGGGGAGUCAUCUCUUGACGAUGACACACAGGAAUAUGACAGCCAGCAACUUUAUGAGGAGGAAAGCACAGUUUCUAAAGACUCCUUUGCUACUGGUCAACUAAGAACUCUAGGUGAAAUCCUUGCAUAUUGUCAGGUUAUGUAUGGAGCCAUCCAGAAACUGGAUGAGAAAUUUGAACAGCUACAAGCCAAGGUGACAAAUGUUCAGCCAAUCCAGCUGACUCCAGAACUGUUCCAAAAGGCUACAUCAAAAACACCAUCUCUGUCCAAGAACACAGACCCUUCUGCUGUCAGUGUGGACACGUCCUCGGUGCCAGACCAAGUCCUGUCCAUGCCACAGUUGGUGCGCGUGUGCUCUCCUCCGCCCCCUCCCUCAGUGGAGGUGAAGAAGCCCCCACCUCUCUCUCCAGCUCCAAGGGUUCCCAGCCCUCCCAGCCUGGCCCCCCAGGGCCACGCCGAUCACCUGGCCAAGAGUGUCGUGGCAGCACACUUCUCAAAGCACCUGGUUCCCCUCAACAUGGCUAAGGACAAUCAGAUGCAGAGCGGCUCUUAUGCAGCAUAUGGUGCCACCUCUAAAACAGGAUGGCUGGGCAACAGGAAGAGGAACGUGUGCAUCAGCCAGAGCGCCCUUCAGAAGGCCGAAAAGAUGUCCAAGCCUGGUAAGGCUGUUCGGUUCCUCAUGCGCUGUGUCUUCUCCAAAGAGGAGAUGAGCUGUAGCAACACCCUGGGCGAUGCCACCAGAGGCCUGAAAAAACUGGAUUCAAACAAACUCAGUGCCAUCAGAGAAUGGCUGGCUAAAAGGUACCCAGAGUUUGACCUCAAGGAGAGAGGCAAAGACUGGAGAAAAUGCAUGUCUGUUAUGAACUCCACUGCAAGGUACCUACGGCUGAUGGCCAAAAAGCAACGGCUGAAAAUACAAAGGGAGGGUGAAACUAUGGAGCCUCCUACCAUCCAGAAUUCGUACACAGAACCUGUCCAUGAACCAGACUCGGAGUCAGACCCUGAGAUGGAGCAGCCCACAGAGAAGGAUUCAGCUGGGAUUGAGGAACCCAUAGAGAACUACACAGCCGAGAUGGGGCGGCCAAUAGAGGAGUACACAGCAGAGAUUGAUGUGGAGCUGUCCGACAGUGAGGAGGAAGAAGAUGCGAGCAUUAAGAAACGGACACAAAAAGAAGAAGAAGAAAGUAGUCCGACAUCCUGCUCAGAUAUUGUUUACGAGUAUCUGGGGAACCACCAGCGGCAGGUGAAGGUACCGCAGUAUGCCAUGUACACAGCCCUGCAGCGUGCCAGGCCUGAGUUGGCAGCACGCGUUCUCAUCAAAUACAUGUUCCCUGAGGACGUGCUUGUGGUGAGCAACGUCCAUGGCAACCCUGAGAGUGGCAUCCGACCCCUGGACCACAACAAAUUGUCCGCCCUCAGAGAACACUUGCAGGAGCGUUUCCCCUGGUUACUGCUGGAGGAGGAUGGCCAGGACUGGAAGGUGUGCGUGGGAGCCAUCAACAGCACCAUCCGCAAGUUCAGACAUGAGCUCAAGAUGGGCAAGGGGGGGCGCAAGAAGGGAAUCUGACCAAUGUAUUGGUCCUUGGAGUUCCUUGAAAGGUUUCACAUUGCUUCAACACUUUCUUAAUUUAUGAUAUAAAAUUGUAAUGAAUACCAUAUAAAUCUCAGGCAAUCAAUCAUAGGGCACAGUAUUAUUCGUUUUUUUUAAUUUUUUUUUUACUGGAGAACAAGUCACAAGUCUGGUGACAUGCUUGUAUUUUUGACUGUAUGAAGCAAUUUAGAGAAAUUCUGAAACUAGGUCGCAACCUAGGUCUUGUGCUAAAUACUUCCAUUAAUAACAGCUAAUGCCUUAAAGAAAUUAUACUGAAAAUCACGAAAUGUAUUUGAUUGAGGUAGAACAUGGUUAUUUGAUACUUGUUUAUAUGUAGUAUUUAUUUACAUUUGUAUGCAUUAUUUACCAAUAAUGCUGUAAAUCAGAUUAUAUAAAGAACUGAAUAAAAUA